AUGAUUGGAUAUAGAAAAGCCAUAAUUGGUACAUCCAGCUCUUUCCAAUAUGGACAUUUUAUUAAUGAUAUGUUAUGCUCAUUAAUUUUGGUUCCACCUUCAUAUUUUAUUGAUUCUGUUAUUUUUGUUAAUUUUAAUGUAACCACAGCAAAAGUAUAUUUAAAAUGCCUUGGAAUUCCCUAUUCUGAAGUUUUUCAAUUAACAAAUGACUGGCAUUAUGUAUCAGAAGCUUACUUUCUUAGAUCAAAAGAGGUGACAAAUUCACUUAACGUCGAAGGGCUUCCUAAUCUUCAAAAAAGAUUUUUUAAAUAUUUAAACCUUUCAGAUAUUGCUUCUACAAAGUACCGAAUACUUAAUAAAAAAGAUGGUCUAUGGGGAAGGAUCAAUAAUAUUGAAGAAUUGACAUCUUUAAUUCAAAAAACAUAUCCGCAAUAUGAUUUCCAACGUUUAGAUGACAGCACACCAAAUUCAAUCUAUUCUAUAUCUAAAGCACUUGCAGAAAUAAAGUUAUUAGUUACAUGUGGGGGUUCAAUGGUAUUUAAUUCAAUAUUCAUGCAUAAAAACACUGGAAUUGUAAUAUGUGGUUCAGAAAUAAUAGACUAUCCUGAUACUAAUCUAGGAUAUUCUCUUGAUAUUUGGAUGAUUUAUAUUACAAGUUUGUUUUAUCAUGGAAGAAUUACAGAUGAGGAUUACAACAUCAAGCCAGUAGUUACAGCAGUAUCAUACAUGCUAUAUGCAUUUGAAAACUUAAAAUUCCCUGCUGAUGCUUUCAAUGACUACAGCUAUGCUUACAAUAUAGCAAAUAUAACCAUAAUGGCACAGGAGGAACAAAAAUCGUUUGGACGAUUUUAA